AUGGCUUCGUUCCAAAUUCAGAGUUCCGAAGUUUUGGCCCGGCUCAAGCCAUUUGGAAUUACAUUUGAGAAGUCACUUUCGGAUCUCAUUAAGGGUAUACGUGCUCAUUCCAAAGAGUCGCCCGAGAGCUUACUGACGUUUUUGGACACUGCGAUUCAGGAAUGUAAAGAUGAAUUAUCAACCACAGAUUUAGAGGUCAAAGCGACUGCUGUUUUGAAACUUGCAUAUUUGGAGAUGUAUGGUUUUGACAUGAGUUGGUGCAACUUCAGAAUUCUUGAAGUUAUGUCUUCAGCCAAGUUUCAACAAAAGCGAAUUGGUUACUUGGCGUCUAUGCAAUCAUUCAAGAAUGAACAGGACUUGUUGAUUUUGGCAACCAAUCAGUUCAAGAAAGACUUAAACUCUCAUAAUCACAUUGAAAUCGGUUUGGCUCUUAGUGGCAUUGCCACUAUUGUGACCCCUGCUUUGGCUAAGGACAUUGUGGAUGACGUGGUCAUGAAGCUUACGCAUUCAAAGCCUUAUAUUAGGAAAAAGGCGAUUUUGGCGCUUUUCAAAGUCUUCAUCCAAUAUCCUGAGAGUCUAAGAUCGUGCUUGCCUCGCGUGAUUGAGAAGUUAGAUGAUACAGACGUGUCUGUUGUUAGCGCAACAAUUACUGUGAUCUGUGAAAUCUCCAAGAAGAAUCCCAACAUCUUUGUGAAUUACUUGCCAAAAAUUUUCUCCAUUCUCGAAGAAUCUACGAACAAUUGGCUUACAAUUCGUAUACUCAAGUUGUUUCAGAGUUUACUGAAAGUGGAACCUAGAAUGAAAAAGAAAAUCCUUCCUUAUAUCAUUACCUUGAUGAACAAGACUGAUGCAACAUCUUUGGUCUAUGAGUGUAUCAAUUGCAUUGUUAAUGGGGGUAUGCUCUCUGACUCUUCUAAGGAUCGGGAUAUUGCAAAGCAAUGUAUUGAGAGUCUAAUGAAAUUCUUCGACACUGGUGAUUCGAACUUAAAGUAUGUUGGAUUACUUGCACUUAUCAAGAUUGUCAGGUCGUUUCCUAUCUUUAUACAUAAAGUUCUGGGGGUUGCGGCAGUUAUCAUGCAAUGUCUUACUGACAAAGAUCUUAUCAUUAAGCAAAAGGCUUUAGAGAUCUGUCAUUAUUUGGUCACUGAGGACAAUAUAGCCGAUUUAGUCAAACUACUCCUCAUGCAACUUGUGGAAGAGGACAUGAAUCAGCCUGUUCCUGAGAACAUAAAAUUGGAGAUCACGCAUAAGAUUUUAGAAAUUGCUUCUCACGAUAAUUACUCCAAUAUUCCCAACUUCAAGUGGUAUGUCACUGCAUUGAAAGAACUUGUUGAUUUGACUGUCAUUCCAUCUCCCGAAGACUCGGCUCACAACUCGUCUGUUUCGCUCUCAAAGCAUGCAUCUGACACCAUCGCAUUGAAACUUGGAACCGAGUUCAAGUCCCUAGCCGUUAAAGUGCCGUCAAUUCGUCCUUUUAUUUUGUCUACCGUCGUUAUACAGUAUGCGAAGUCUGUUUCACCUUUGGAAUGCUGUCCUAUUUUAAUGAGAGAUUUGUAUUGGAUCAUGGGUGAGUAUGCCCGAUCAGCUUUCUGA